AUGUCUUCAGCUGACUCGACUGUCGUAUUCGAAGCGGCUUAUGACACCUUCAACGAGCGUGAUGGCACGAAGCAAUUCGACGUUCUUCCGAAGAGCGAUCGCGGUCGCGGUCAGCUCUGCAUUGUGAUCCACUCCGUUCCGGAUGGGGUUGAAGGUUCGAAGCUUCGUGAUCUCGUCAAGAAGCUUCGCAAGACCGCCGAUGAGAUUUUCAUUACCCACCUGAGCACGGAUUACUAUGCCAACUUCGGGGAUAGGUGGGGCGAAGUUUACGAUCGUCAAGAUUUCCUUUUUGUUUUCUCUCGGUUUCCCGUGCCCCAAACUCAGCUCCGAUGGGCAGUGUCGAUGGUUACGUAUUGUAAAGGUACUUUGUACGUACCGCAGAGAAGUAAUUUUCAUCUGCAGUCGAUACGUAUUCUGAGCCCUAGGCCAAGAGACUCGGUCAAGGUCCGCUUCCGCGAAACAGCGGAGUCCCCCGUCAGUUCAUGUUGGUCAUAA